AUGGAGACCAAUCCAGAGGAUAAUAACUCGGUUGUGGAAAAUUUAGAAGUUGACUUACAAACAAAACUGGAAAGGUUGCAAUCAGAAAAUUCUCACCUGCGAGAAGAAUUCAAUGUCCAGCGAGCUAAAAUGAAAGAAUUAUUUCUGCAAAAAGAAGAGGAACUGAAGAAACGAUCUAAAGAGAAUUUAGAGCUGCAGGAUGAAUUAGUUAAAUUAAAGCACGAGUUGGAUGAAUCCAAGAGCCAGCUGGUCGUGGCGAAUAUCAGAUUAGAGAAUGACAUUGACGUAGAGUCCCAUAAAGCUCAAGAAGAGAUAGCGUCACUCCAGCAGGUUAUUCAGGACACGAUGGAAGAGUCAGCGUGCACGCGAGAGCAAUUAGAAAUGGAAGUUGCCAAGCUUCGUGGUCACAUUUUAAAAAUAGAGGAGGAAAAUUCGUUCCUUAAAUUACAGAUGUCUAAAGAUUUGCCAGUAGACGGUCCUCAGAUAUCACUGUCGCAUGUCACGAAAACUCUCGCAAGAAAAGUUGUCUCCCAACUGGGAGCUGACUCGCUGUCUCUGGGCUCAGAUAAUAUUGAAGAAAAUAUGAAGAAGGUCAAAAAAUAUGCGCAAGAAGAUGCUGAGGUACUGAGGUCACUGGUUGUACCGCUGGAAGAAGAAAUAAAAGCGUUGAAAGAAAAACUUAGGUCAACGGAUGAUGAAUUGCAAAAAUUUAAGGAGUUACCUCAGCCGCUGUUGCAACCAAAGAAACUAGACGGAGACCAGGGUGAAGAUACGUGUGAUAUGUGUGUAAAUUAUGAAGCUCAAUUGGUUAAAAUUCAGACGACAGCUAAGGAACUGGAGAAACAAUUGGCUGAAACUGAUAGAAUGCUGCAGGCACAGCGAGAAGAACUGAUAAAAGAGGUGGAGUUUCGCAAAGGAAUGGAGGAAAAGUGGAAUGAGAAAAAGGAAGAGCACAAAAUCAAAGUCACUGAGCUGACUUCAGCUUCGCUGCAGGCUCAGCAAACUCUACAGGAGUUGAAGAUGCAGUUUAGGCAAAUGCAUCAGGGUGUCGGUGAAGAACUAGCUAAAUUGACUCGUGGGAGAGAAGAAGUUCAGAGGCAUUUAAUAGAAUUACAGAGAGAAAAUGAAGUACUUGUAGGUAAACAUAGUAAACAUUCCCAACAGCUGCAAAGUGAAAACAUAAAUAUGCCAAAUACUGUUGAAGAACUACAUAUGAGUUUACUGAGAGCUCACGAAGAUUUGAUUAUUGCUAGAGUAGCUCAAGAAGUUGCGCAGGAAAAAGAAGCUACUAUGCAGUAUGAGUUGAACUUGCUGCGGGAGCAAAUGAUUGCUGAAAAAGACGAAAAAAUAGAGAGAUUAGAAAAUUCACUGAGGGAAGCUUUAGCUGCGAGAAAAGAAGCUGAUACGACGAUCGUUGAAUUAAGACAACGGGUAACAAGCCUCCAGCAAGUAUUAGAGACAAGUGGGGAGGUACAGAAAGAUUUUGUUCGACUGUCCCAGUCGCUUCAGGUUCAAUUGGAAAAGAUACGGGAAUCUGGUAGUGAAGUGAGGUGGCAACACGAAGAAGAUGUUGAUGAAUGCCCGACGUGUCAUACCGUUUUUUCGCUUGGAAAGAAAAAAGUACACUGUCGACACUGCGGUCAUAUAUUUUGUCAAGCUUGUUUAUCUCAUGUUGUAAACAGCGGUCCGAAGCAAAGACCUUCCCGAGUUUGCGGUGUUUGCCACACGUUACUUGUUCCACAUACCGCGCCAUACUUUAGUCAACAACCUCCACAUACACCAGAUUAA